AUGGCGUCGCCCUUGGUGAUUGCCGUCCAGCCCCGCGCUAGACUGGGUGACCAGGAAGAUGACUUCGGUCUCAAGGACAUUUCUCGCGUCGGAAGCGCGUUCAUCAAGGUCUCAGCUUCCGUGGAAGCAGUCGAAUUCAUCAAAUCCAACUCGAGCCUCCUUGAUACCUAUGUCGAUGUCACAACCAUUGCCCCCGCCGAUGCGGUCGAAGUUCUCAACGCCGGUGCCGCAAAAAUAUUCCUUACCCCAAAACAAAUGAUUACGCUUGCCGCAGAGAACCACAUUCCUUCAUCUAGGCUAGUGGCAUAUGUGGCCUCGGACGAAGACACCACGGAAUUGCGCAACUGGCUUACGGAUGCCCCCGAAUUUGAAAAUAUAGGCGUAUGUGCAACAGCUAACGCUGCCAGACUCUUCGAAAAAUUCGGCUUUCCACGGGAUGGCGGACAGGUGUACAGGUUGUUCGGGCGUGAUGUAACUGAAGCGGCUGUCAUUGAAGAAGUGACUCAUGGCGUCGUCGCCAUUGUCUCGUCUGAACAGCUUACAAUUGUCCCAAAUACGAAUGGCAAGGUUUCAGUGGCAAAUGUGCUGUCGAGUCGUGCUGUGCCUGAUGCAAAUACCGGUCUCAUUGCGACCUUGGUUGUUGAUGAGAGAGGUGUAUCUUUGGGAUUUGUAUGGAGUAGCAAAGAGAGCCUAUUGGAGGCCUUGAAGACAGGCACUGGAGUUUAUCAAUCCCGCAAGCGGGGUCUCUGGUUCAAAGGCCAAACUAGCGGAGAUGUUCAGCAGCUACUAGGUGUUGGAUUUGACUGUGAUGCAGAUUGUAUGAUUUUCAGAGUUAAACAGCUUGGUCGAGGAUUCUGUCACCUUGGGACAAACACCUGCUUUGGCCGGUAUCAAGGUCUCUCGAGCUUGCAAAAGACCCUACAAUCUCGCAAAGAAAGCGCUCCGGCUGGAUCAUACACGGCACGUCUAUUCAAUGACCCCAAACUUGUUGAAGCCAAAAUUAUGGAAGAAGCGGAGGAGCUGUGCCAGGCGACAACAAAGGAUGAAAUUGCGGCGGAAGCAGCCGACCUGAUCUACUUCGCUCUUACUCGAUGCAUUGCCGCAGAUGUAAGCUUGGAGGAUAUUGAGAGGAAUCUAGACAUGAAGCAUCUCAAGGUGACGCGCCGCAAGGGUGACGCCAAACCUCGUUGGGCUGAAAAGGUUGGGCUGAGCAACACAGAGACUGCGCCGAAACCAAGUCCUGCUCCAGAGAAACCGGCAGCCGCUAAGUCUGAUCGAAUUGAAAUGAAGCGCAUCUACACGGCUUCAACUCCAGUCAGUGUUAUUAAAGAUGCUUUGCAGCGUCCUUCUCAAAAGUCCAACGAUGCUAUAGUUGGUCUUGUGAAACCUAUCAUCAACGACGUGCGCACGAAUGGGGACGCUGCUGUUCUUAAGUACACUCAUAAAUUUGAGAAAGCCACCUCAUUGACUUCACCGGUUCUGAAAGCACCUUUCCCGGAGCAUUUGAUGCAACUGUCACCUGAUACUAUCAAAGCAAUCGAUGUAAGCUUUGAGAAUAUCAAAAAGUUCCAUUCCGCACAAAAGGAUGACAAGCCGCUCGUUGUUGAAACCAUGCCAGGUGUAGUCUGCUCCCGUUUCUCCCGUCCGAUUGAGCGUGUUGGUCUCUACAUCCCUGGUGGAACUGCAGUAUUGCCCUCGACUGCUCUCAUGCUUGGUGUCCCUGCAAUGGUUGCUGGUUGCAAGAAAAUUGUCCUUGCCUCUCCUCCUCGCUCCGAUGGCAGCAUAUCUCCAGAAAUUGUCUACGCAGCCCACAAGUGUGGUGCGGAGAGCAUUGUUCUUGCGGGUGGCGCCCAGGCUGUGGCAGCUAUGGCCUACGGCACAGAGAGCAUUAGCAAAGUCGACAAGAUCCUGGGUCCCGGUAAUCAAUUCGUUACAGCCGCGAAGAUGAUGGUAUCCAAUGAUACAUCAGCGGGAGUUAGUAUUGACAUGCCUGCUGGCCCCAGUGAGGUCCUUGUUAUCGCCGAUAAGAAGGCCAACCCAGCGUUCGUCGCAUCGGAUCUUCUGAGUCAAGCUGAGCACGGCGUUGACUCACAGGUCAUUCUUAUAGCAGUUGAUCUGGACGAAAAGGAGUUGGCAGCAAUUGAGAAUGAACUGCAUCAACAAGCUAAUGCUCUGCCACGAGUGGACAUUGUUCGAGGCUCGAUUGAGCACUCGGUCUCUUUCGUUGUCAAGAACGUCGAAGAGGCUUUGAACCUCAGCAAUGAAUAUGCUCCGGAGCAUCUGAUCUUGCAGCUUGAGAAUGCAGAGGAUGUUGUUCCUCUAGUUGAAAACGCUGGAAGUGUUUUCAUCGGUCAAUGGACUCCUGAAAGUGUUGGCGAUUAUUCUGCUGGCGUCAAUCACUCUCUACGUGUCAAUCUCGGCUCGUUUGUGAAACACAUUACAUCCUCGAACUUGUCCGCCGAGGGUCUUCGCAAUGUCUCUGGAGCAGUCAUGCAAUUGGCCGCUGUUGAAGGAUUGGAUGCACACAAGCGCGCAGUUAGCAUUCGUAUGGACGUUAUCAAUAAAGCCUAA